AUGGAGAUUGAAAUAGGCCCGUUAGUAUUUUAAUGAAAAAGACGCGUUGCCAUUAUCAAGCCUUCUAAAAAUUAAACCAAGCUUGAACUUUCAAUAAAAGCGAUAAGGUGUGCCAAUGGCUACACAAAACAAUUACAAACAAAACACUUCGAUGUCAAUGCCCAGUCCUCAGAGCAAUCCGCACUACAUGAUUGCGGGCCCCCCAAUGAGUUUCGGCAUGAUGAAAGGCGGUAUGAAUGCACCGUCGCCGCACCAUAACCAAUAUCAGUACCACCCGCAAUACCAAGGUGGGGGGGGCAUGGUUCACCCGGGUCCCCCGGGGGGCUACGGUCCGUGGCACGCCCCCCAGCAACAGGGCCGUUUCGCUGCAGAGGGCGCCCGCCGCGCGGCCUCCGCCUCACAGCCCUCACAAGGUGCCAAAGAUGAUAAGACAAGUCCAUUUGUAUCCACCGUACAUUCACAUCCUGGAUUCCAACCUCAGAAAAUCGGGAAAGGUGCUGGUGUUGGAGCCGGACUACCAAAGCCACCAAAACCUCCAGAAAAACCUCUCAUGCCGUACAUGAGGUACUCACGCCGUGUAUGGGACAGUGUAAAAGCAGCACAUCCAGACCUCAAACUAUGGGAAAUUGGACGUAUAAUAGGCGGCAUGUGGAGGGACCUGCCUGAAUCUGAGAAAGCUGGGUUUGUCGAUGAAUAUGAAGCUGAAAAGUCCGAAUAUGAGAAAAGCUUGAAGGCGUACCACAAUUCUCCCGCGUACCUCGCUUACAUUGCAGCCAAAAAUAAAGCCGUAGUAGUAGGUAACUUGGAAGAAGAGACCUCUACUAAAAAAGGCAGUUCACAAAAAGAGCAACAACAGCAAGACAGACGAAUUGACAUACAACCAGCUGAAGACGAGGAAGAUCAAGACGAAGGUCUAUCUGUGAAGCAUGUGGCAUACGCUCGUUAUCUACGAAAUCAUCGUCUCAUCAACGAAAUAUUCUCCGACACUGUGGUGCCGGAUGUGCGGUCGGUCGUCACCACCGCUAGGAUGCAGAUAUUGAAAAAACAAGUGCAGUCCUUAACAAUGCACCAGAAGAAGCUGGAAGAUGAAUUGCAACAGAUUGAAGAGAAGUUCGAAGCCAAGAAACGCAAGUUUAUUGAGAGCAGCGAAGCAUUCCAAGAGGAACUCAAGAAGCACUGCAGGCCGGCUGUGGACGAGGACACAUUCCAGCGCAUGGUGGAGCGAGCUCUGGAGCAGAUGCGUCGCGGGAUCAACCCCACCUCGCAGUCGCUCAGCGCCGUCGCUCACGCCGAGAAGAAAGACGAGCCGAUGGACCAAGAUCAAAAUCCAAGUAAACCAGAAACAAACGGACCUCAUCCUCCCACUCAAGUGGACAAAGUGUCUACCAGUGACGUGAAGCCUGAUUCCAUAGCAACUGACAUAAAAGUCGAGGAGCCAAGAGAAAAGGAACCUGAAAAUGGACCAAGCCAGGCAGAUGACGAGGGAGAUCGUAAAGAAGAAAAACCAGUAGAGGUCAAAAUGGAGAACAAGGAAAGCAUUCCACCCGCUCCCGCCCCGCAGCAUCCCCCGCCCGCGCACCCUCCGCACAUGACCUCGCCUCCACACCACGCAAUGAUGAUGGCGUCGAAUCCUACAGCUGCUCCGCAUCCCGGCCCGCCAGCUCACGGGGGUCCUCCACCGCCAACAGUGGGGGCGUACGGCGCCCCGUACGGCGGCCGGUACUACGGCGGGUACGGGGGCGGGUUCCCCGGCGCCUACCCCCCGCACCCCCCACACCCGCCGCACCCAUACUACCCCGCCGCCGCCCCGCCCGAACACUACGCGCAUCUACCGCACCACGCGCCUCCACAGCAUCACGACGUCAAACAGGAGGAGCCACAGCCUAAGAAAGAGAAUGAAUGAUCGUCGCCUAAACGCGUCGUCAAAAGACGACGCAAGCCUUCCCCGAAGGACAACACUCAGUGAACAGACUAUAGUGAAAAAUUAUACUGAGUGAUCGAUAUUUUGACUAUCGAAGUUGAUGUACCUUUAUAUUGAAAAAGUGAGGAGAGGGACCUAACAAUCUUUUAUAACGGAGACACAGUUCGUAAUUUCAUUUAGAUUACUUUUUACACAAAAUCAAUUUUUUAUUCUUCAAAUUCAAAAGUUAAAAUGAUUAUAUUACAAAUCGAAUUAGGAUAGAAUUAUUGAAUAAGGAUUAAAGUGUAACAUACAUGAUGGGAAUGUUCUCAGUAUUUUUAUAUGUCAACGUUUUGAUUAAAAUCGCAAGAACCCAUAUAAGUUUAUAAUAAAGUGUAGUUUAAAUGCACCAUUUGUGUAUAGUACUCGUUAAGACGAAUCUAAUGAGUCGAAUAUAUAGAAGUCGUGGCUUAAAGGUUAAGAAGCCUUGUGUACUCGUAUCAAAGGAUGCGACAGUGCCAGUGUUCCAAUCCUGUAGGUAUGUAGGUAGGUACAAAUGAAAAUUUAUAGAAUUAGAGAUCGUAAGGCGUAUUCUAACACUGCACAGCUGAGUACUACUAUCCUGUCUGUUUGCAAUCAUGAACAUUGGUUUCGGUUCAUCUAUUCCAGUUUGAAUUUUUUUUUUUUAUUGCUUAGAUUCAUAUUUUGAUGGUCAAGGGUUGCGAGUAUCUCUUAAUACCUGGUAGACUGUAAGCCUGUGUACUUGUAUAUGCAAAAAAUAUAAAAAAGAGGUUAACAGUAAUUUAACUUUCCAGGUUCACCAUAUUUUUAUUAUUAUAAAAAUUACAUAACUUGGUUGUUGUAAGUGGAUGUAGAUUAUAUUAGUGCUUUAAUUUAGAAAAAAAGGUGGAAUUUUGCUUCUCUCAAAAAC